AUGAAAGAGGUUUCUAAAUCUAUCUGGGAGACAGUACCGUGGUGCAUGCUACUCACUGACGAUAUAGUGUUGGUAAUAGAAACUAAAGUGAAAGUUAAAAAUAAAUUACAAGAAUGGAGGGAAGUUUUAGAAAGUAACGGGUUGCACAUAAUCCGUAUGAAGACUGAAUAUUUGCGAUGCAAUUUUAGUGGGACAUCGCCGAUUGGGGAGCUAGAGAUGUCUAUUGGUGAAGAAGUUGUAACAAGUACAACCAAGUACAAGUAUUUGGGAUCGAUUAUUCAGAGUAAUGAAGAGAUUGACGGGGAUGUUAUUCAUCAAAUACAAGCGAAUUGGAUCAAGUGGAGAGCAGCUACCGGGGUGAUAUGUGAUAGGAAGUUUCCAAGUAGGUUAAAAGGUAAAUUUAACCUAGUGGCAAUCAAACCUGCUUUGUUGAAUGGGACGGAAUGUUGGCCCGUAAAGAUGACUUUUGAACAUAAGAUGGAAACAUUAGAGAAUUACGCCAGACGAUACAGGUCAAAUCGACAAAGGACACUGGCAUACUGCACUAUACAUGAACAAGACAUUGGAGACCAAGGUACGGUAGCUGCCACUCUCAAACCUCAACAGGUCAAGAUGAUGUCCCCAUUCAUGCCAGUGCAUACUUUUGAUUCAACAAUGAAGGACGCUGCACACUACAUUUCCAUAUAUUACAGACCGAGGUAA